AUGGGAAGGUGCACCGGCGGCGAUGUGGUCCCCAGCCAGACAAUUAAAGCAGAGACCAACGAGCGAUGGCGGCACUGGCCAUUGGCGACGAGGGUGAGGUGGGGCAUGGCGGCGUCCGUGCCGAUGGCUUUGGACAAGCGUGAAGCCAUCGGCAUCGACAGGCGCGUCCGUUCGGGGAACGUGGCGUCGAGGAAGAGAGCCUGGCUCAAGACAGCGACGAUGGCGGCCUCCAGGCGCCGACGCUGUACGCCGCUGGCCGAGGCGUCGGUGCACGGGCACACGCAUGACGGGCUGUGGGCCGAGCCGCUGGUGCGCGGGCACCCUAGUGGCCGGGUGUGGGGGUGCCGCUGGAGGACCGUCUGUGUCUCAGGUCCUGGCUCGGCGACGGCAGCGCCGCCUCUUCUUGGUGAUGACGACCGUACGCCUAUCUCUGGCAAGAAGAAGUGCAAGAAACCAGCCCCGAGGAAGAUUCAUAAGGCUGAGAGGGAGAAGCUUAAACGAGACCACCUAAACGAUCUCUUCGUCGAGCUGGGUAAUUUGCUAGAAGCAGAUAGACAGAACAAUGGGAAGGCAUGCAUACUGACUGACACUACUCGGAUACUAAGAGAGCUGCUUGUUCAAGUAGACUCUCUUCGAAAGGAACAUAGCAACCUACAGAACGAGUCUCAUUAUGUCACAAUGGAGAGGAAUGAGAUGCAAGAUGAAAACGGCAUGCUACACAAAGAAAUUUCAGAGCUUCAAAACGAGUUGACAAUGCGGGUUUCAGGAAGUCCAGCAGGUUGGGGCCAUGGCACUGCCAGAUCAGACCCCCCUCUUCCUCACUCAACCGCAGUGUUCUCAUCAGAGCAGGCAAUGCAACCACCCACCAUUGCAAGCGUUGUAUUCCCCUUGCAGCAGCCACUGGCACCAGCACCAUCAGUAAUGACCGAACCACCUUAUGCUGCACCACCACUGGAACUGAAGCUCUUCCCAGAAGUGGCAUCUGCUGAAGGCCGUGAGCCAUGUGAAGACCAGGAAGCUCCCAGCCAUGUGGCACGACCACAGGCAAGGUACCCAACGCAAUCGGCCUCAUGGCCUGUAAGUCUGUUCUCUGGCCUUCCAAGAAUGGAAGAUGAGCAAUGCAGUAGCAGCACAACCGGCAGCAGCAAGGAGGCUAGCACAGAUAGAGAAUGA